AUGCAAUUUCAACUGACCUGUUUUUUGCACCUUGGGUUGCUCAGUUACAUGGAAGCUCAAGAUGAAUGCAACAGAGGUACCUGUCGCCCCCCCCCCCCAACCGGCAAUCUACUGGUGGGUCACAGCGCGCAGCUCUCCGCUUCUACUUGCGGGCUCGGCGGGGCUCAGAAAUACUGCAUCCUCAGCUACCUUCAGGAGGAACAAAAGUGCUUCAUCUGUGACUCCAGAUUUCCAUAUGAUCCGCACGCCCAACCCAACAGCCACACCACUGAGAAUGUAAUCCCAAGUUUUGAACCAGAUGGAGAAAACAAAUGGUGGCAAUCAGAAAACGGUCUUGGUCAUGUCAGCAUCAGACUGGAUCUAGAGGCAUUAUUUCAGUUCAGUCACCUUAUUCUGACCUUUAAGACUUUUCGGCCUGCUGCAAUGUGAGUUGAACGCUCCACAGACUAUGGACACACCUGGAGAGUGUUCAGAUAUUUUGCCAAAGACUGUGCUACUUCCUUCCCCAACAUCACAUCUGGCCAGGCCCACGGAGUGGGAGACCUUGUUUGUGACUCCAAAUAUUCGGAUAUUGAACCCUCCACUGGUGGUGAGGUUGUUUUAAAAGUUUUGGAUCCCAGCUUUGAAAUAGAAAACCCUUACAGCCCCUACAUCCAGGACCUUGUGACAUUAACAAACCUGAGGAUGAACUUUACCAAACUCCAUACCCUUGGGGAUACUUUGCUUGGAAGGAGGCAAAAUGAUUCCCUUGAUAAAUACUACUAUGCUCUGUAUGAGAUGGUGGCUCGGGGAAGCUGUUUUCUCAAUGGCUACGCUAGCUAAUGUGGCCCAACACAGAAGGUGCGCGGAGACGUUUUCAGCCCUCCGGGAAUGGUUCAUGGUCGGUGCAUCUGUCAGCACAAUACAGAUAGCCCGAACUGUGAGAGGUGCAAGGAUUUCUUCCAGGACGUUCCUUGGUGGCUAGCUGUGGGCCCCCUGGACAGCACUUGCUGAGCUUGUCGCUGUAACGGACACUCUGACCGCUGUCACUUCGACAAGACCGUGUACCUGGCGAGCGGGACGCAGGGGGGCGUGUGUGACGGCUGCCUGCACAACACCGAGGGCCAGCACUGCGAUCGCUGCAGACCCCUUUUCUACAGGGACCCCCUCCAGGCCAUCUCGGAUCCUUACGCGUGCAUUCCUUGUGAAUGUGACACUGAUGGGACCAUUUCGGGUGGCCUUUGUGUGAGCCACUCUGAUCCUGACUUGGGGUCUGUGGCCGGCCAUUGCCUGUGUAAGGAGAACGUGGAAGGAGCCAAGUGCGACCGAUGCAAGACCAACCACUACGGACUGAGCGUCACCGACCCCCUGGGCUGUCAGCCCUGUGACUGUAACCCCCUGAGGAGUCUGCCACUCUUGACCUGCAUUGCCACUCAAGGCCAAUGCUUGUGUCAGUCUCUUGCUACUGGACCACACUGUGAAGAAUGCACGGUUGGAUACUGGGGACUGGAAAAUCACCUCCAUGGAUGUUCUCCCUGUGACUGUGAUAUUGGAGAUGCUUAUUCCAAUGUGUGUUCACCCGAGGAUGGGCAGUGUGAUUGUCGUCCGCAUGUCACAGGUCGCAGCUGCACUGAGCCAGCGCCCAGCUAUUUCUUUGCUCCUUUGAAUUUCUACGUCUACGAGGCAGAGGAAGCCACGCCACUCCAGGGACUGGCUCCUUUGAUAUUAGCAACAGCUCUGCCUACAUGUGAUGUGUAUUUCCAGCAACAAGGAGAUGAUUUCAUAACUGACAAAGGAAGCAUAAUACUGAAGAGAAAUAAGAAGCGAAGCAUUCGAGCAGAUGAGCAGAGUGAGCUGCCUGCUGUUUCUGUCGUUCUCCGAGGGCCAGCUCCUGGCGUGCCUGUUACGUGGACGGGACCUGGAUUUGCCAUUCUCUCUGGGGCCGGCUUGAGAUUUGCUGUGGGGAACAUCCCCAUUCCCAUGGAUUUUGCUGUUGCCAUUCACUAUGAAACUCAGUCUGCAGAUGACUGGACUGUCCAGAUGGUGGUUAACCUGGCCGGAGGGAGCAAGCACUGUGCAUGCGAGACCCGACAGCCAAAGCCUCAGCCUUUACCAGCAGCUUCCAGAAUCGUGCUGCUUCCCACACCCAUCUGUUUAGAACCAGAUGUACAGUAUUCCAUAGAUGUCUAUUUUUCCCAACCUUUGGAAGGAGGAUUCCAGGCUCAUUCACACAUUGAAUUGAUUCUGUAAGUUGGUCUUAUUCCCCAAAUCAACUCAUUGGAGAAUUUCUGCAGCAAGCAGGAUUUAGAUGAAUAUCAGCUGCACAACUGUGUUGAAAUUGCCUCGGCAGUGGGACCUCAGGUGCUCCCUGGAGCAUGUGAAAGGCUUAUAGCCAGUUUGUCUGCCAGGCUGCAAAACGGGGCCGUGGCCUGCAACUGUCAACCACAGGGCUCAGUGGGACCCAACUGCAGCUGACUGGAGGGCCAGGGCCAGUGUAAGCCUCGUGUGACCGGCCGCUGCUGUGACACGUGCUCAACAGGAAGCUACAGUCUGGGGCAUCACGGCUGUCACUCAUGUCACUGCCACCCUCAAGGCUCAGAGAACACUGUAUGUGACCAAGUAACAGGACGGUGCCCCUGCCAUGGAGAGGUAGCUGGCUGCUAUUGUGAUCGGUGCCUGGAGGGCUAUUUUGGAUUUCCUAACUGCCGCCCCUUCCUUUGUAAUGGGUUCUCGUCAUGCUUCAGUUGUGGAGGUUUUACAACUGGGAGAAACUGUGAAAGAUGCAUGGAUGGUUACCAUGGAAAUCCUUCUUCAGGACAGUCCUGCCGUCCUUGCCUGUGUCCAGAUAUUCCCUCAAGCAAUCAGUAUUUUGCCCAUUCCUGUUAUCAGAAUCCUUGGAGCUCAGAUGUAAUCUGCAAUUGUCUUCAAGGUUAUGCAGGUGUGCAGUGUGGAGAAUGCUCUGCUGGUUUCUAUGGAAAUGCAAGAAUUUCGGGAGCACCCUGCCGACCUUGUGCCUGCAAGCACAUUGAUGUAACUGACCCAGAAUCCUGCAGCCCAGUCACGGGGGAGGGCCUUAAAUGCCUGCACAACACUCAAGGCCCCAGCUGCCAGCUCUGCAGCCCAGGUUACUUUGGCCUCAAUCAAACCUGUAGGAGAAUUUCCUGUCAUCCUUCCGGCAUGAGUCCCUCUGAGUGUCCCCCUGGCGGAGGAGCUUGCCUCUGUGACCCUGACACUGGCACAUGCCCUUGUAUGCCCAAUGUCACAGGCCGGGCCUGUGACCAUUGUGCUGAUGGAUGCUGGAAUGUCAUCGCCGGCAGAUGAUGUCAGCCAUGCGAUUGUGACCCCUGGACCUCACUCAAUAGACACUGUGACCAGCUUAUAGGCCAGUGUCCGUGUAGAUUAGGCUAUGAUGGGAAACACUACAGUGAGUGUGAGGAAAAUUAUUAUGGGGAUCCCCUGGGGCGACGCAUUCCAUGUGACUGCAACAGGAAAGAUUCCCAGAAGUACAUCUGUGACCAGGACACGGGCAUGUGUCACCGCCGAGAGGGUGUUAGCGGCCCACGAUGUGAUUGCUGCGCCCAGGGUCACGGCCAGGAAUUCCCUGCUUGUCUUCGGUGUCACUUGUGCUUUGAUCAAUGGGACCACACCAUUUCUUCCCUCUCCAAAGUGGUGCAAGGGUUAAUUAGGCUGGCUGGUAACAUGGAAGAUAAAAGAGAGACCCUGCCUGUCUGUGAGGCCGACUUCAAAGGCCUCAGAGAGAACAUGUCUGAAAUAGAAAGGAUUUGGAGACAUCCUGUUUUCUCAUCUGGGGAAUUCUUAAAAGUCAAGGAUUAUCAUGACUCUGUUUGGAAAGAAAUCAUGCAACUAAGUGAGCAGAGGAAACUGUAUGAAUUUCAAGAUCUGAAAGAAACAAGAGGAAGAACGAGGAAUAAAGUGACUCUUGAAGAUCUUCAAGAAGAAAUUAAUUCGCACUCCCGUGCCCGUAAUGCAAGCAUCAUGGAUUCCUCAAAGAACAUCAAGAAGUAUUAUCAGAGCUCAUCUGCUGAAAAGAAAACUAAUGAAACUACUUCCAUCAUAGAUAACUCUGAAAAAAACAGGAAUGACUUACUUACCAUCUUAGAUACACUAACCUCAAAAGAAAACUUGUCAUUGGAGAAAUUAAAGCAGAUCAAGAUACCAGAUAUUCAAAUAUUGCAUGAAAAGAUACUUUCUCCUGUCAGGUGUGUGGAGGAGGCACAUAUGCCCUGUGUGCUAUUGUCCUGUGGUGGCCCGAGCUGUCUCGUCCUGACCCUCUCGAGGAACACCCUCCAGAAAGCUCAGGAAGCAGAGUUCGUGAUUCGCAAUUUGAACAACCAAGUUCAAGGGUUGAAAAAUCAGAUCAAAAAUAUAAAUAAACUGGCAGAAGUCUCCGAAAACAAUGCCUUACAGCUAAGUGAGAAACUGAGGAAUAUGAGAAACCAAAGUGAAUCUGAAGAAGAAAAAAUGAAUCUUUUAAUCAAGAAACUGAAAAUGUUCUUGUUAGAGGAUAACGUGCCUCCAGAGGACAUAGAGAGGGUUGCAAAUCGUGUACCUGACAUCCACCUACGAGUAACAUCGCAAAAUCUGACCCAUGAAUUUGACAAAACACGGAAACUUAUGCAACUCUGUGAGGACUACAGGACAGAGGAGAACAGGCUAAAUAAAGCAGCAGAUGGAGCCGGAAAGGUUUUGGUGAAGGCAAAAGCAGCUGAAAAAGCAGCAAAUGUUCUAUUAAAUCUCGACAAAAUGUUGAGUAAGUUGCAACAAGUUCACAUCACUCAAGUAUGGGCAAGUUCUACCAUCACACAGCUGACUGCCCAGAUAACAAAAAUAAUAAAGAACGCCCUGCAGGCUGAAAAUCAGGCCCAGGAGACUGAGAAUGAGCUGGACUUAGUAAAGCAACAGUCAGCGCUGGAGGGUGGACUUGCCCGGCUGCAGACCAACUUGCAAAGGAAUCGAGACGAGGCCGUCCGUGUGGGAGCUCAGGCUGAAUCGCCCCGGCACCAGGCUGGGGUCCUUGAGGAGGAGCUUGCUGAGCUACAAUGUCAAUAUGCUAUUCUUCAGCAUAAGACAAGCGCGCCAGGACUGGCAAAGGAAACCUUAGGGAAAGUGAAACAGCCAAGAGAUACAGCAGUCAAACUGGCUGCAGAUACAGAGGACAAGGUAAGAAGAAUAACAGAUUUAGAAACAAAGAUCCAAGCUUUGAAUCUAAGUAGACAAGAAAAAGCUGAUCAGCUGAAACAGUAGGGAGAUCAAGUCAUUGCCAUUAAAAAUGAAAUCAUCGAGCAAGAAAAUAAAUAUGCUACCUGCUACAGUUAG